GUUUGUACGGUUUCGGGGCAUGCUUGUUGACUUCCGCUAGUCUAGUUUAAAGAGCAUACGACACGAGAAAAAAGUCUUAAAUGGCAUUAGUAUGUGAAUUAGAAUCAUAUUUUGAGACGAUUCGAUUAUAUACAACAAUUUAGCAAAGCACAGAUGACGAGAAAUUAGCCAGUUAGCCACGCCUACCAUUAUAGGACUUUAGCGUCCCCAACUGGUGGAUGACGUCAGCGGUAGACUGGGCUCAUCCAUUUUACUAUUCAGCCCAUUGAGGGGGAAUUAUUCAUAACGAGGAAAACGCGACGAAGAAAGCCGCCAAAUGUCAUUGUUUCAGUCUCUCUACUCCAAUAUUUUUACAGGAUAUUCUUUUUAUCCAAGUAUUUUUCCCCAAUAGCAAUAUAAAUGGCUUGAGAAGGACCAGUCAGCCCGUCGAGGGAGAACUAUUCAGAACGAGGAAAACGCGACAAAGAGAGCGGCAAAAUGUCAUAGUUUCUGUUUCUUUACUUCAAUAUUUUUACAGGAUAUUCUUUUUAUCCAAGAUUUUUUCCCAAUAGCUAUACAAAUGGCUUGAGAAGGACCAGUCAGCCCGUCGAGGGGGAACUAUUCACAAUGAGGAAAACGCGACGAAGAGAGCGGCAAAAUUUCAUUGUUUCUGUCUCUUUGCUUCAAUAUUUUUACAGGAUAUUUUUUUUUAUCCAAGUAUUUUCCCCAAUUGCUAAAUAAAUGGCAUGGUCAUGACAAAUAACAGUCUUGUGCUGAAUGGAAUAUGAAAUAAUAAAAAUGCAUUUAUUCAGGACGACAUGGCAAAAUUACUCCAUAAUGGUCAAAACUGUCGACUUCACCUUUACUGUCGCACCUCCCGAACUAUAUUUUAUGACACCUAAAUCGGACAUAUGUCAUUUCCCUUCCCCGGCUUCGGAGAAUGUAAACAAACCAGAAGGCGUGACAGCUAGCCGACAUGCUAACCCGAACCGAGUGAUGUUUCAAAGUCUUCAAAGCGGAAAAUCACACAUAACUAUCCUGGAUUAUUUGACAUGACGACCCGGUUGUCUAUUGUCGUCGCGGAUCGGCAAACCGCCCGGCGGAGAGCAAUUUACAGUUCGUUCCCCGGAGGAGGGUGGCUGGAGCUAACGCAGCUAACGUGCUGCUGCUAAUGCAUUAGGAGAGCUUUUUACAUGCCUAUCAAUGAUCAAACGGGGUGCUGCAGCCCCCCACUUCCCGCGCCACUCCUGAAGGCAAACGCAAUCCCAAGCAUCAAGUUGAAGAGUACAGACGUGGAAGAUGAGGAGAGGUAAUCCAGGCCACAGCGAGCAACUGUAAAACAAAAGAAAAUGAGGUGUCCUGCAGACGUCACUAUAAAAGAGCUUCACCCUGAGAAGCACCCUCCCCUCCAAAUUAAAGAGGAGUCGGAGAUGCCAUACAUCAAACAGGAGGCGGAGCCAGAGACCCCCAACAUUAAAGAAGAAGAACAAGAAGAUGAAAUCACCAAGUCUCCAAUGACUGUUCGUGUGAAGAGUGAAGAAGAUGAAGGUCCAAGCGAAGAGAGCGGAGCAGCAGAACUUUGGAGCAACAGCUUACUUCAACACCUGACAACAAAAGAAGAGGGACGGCCGCAACCUGACGGUUUGUUAGCGCCACUCUCGGAAAGUGACGACGUAACAUCACACUCCUCUGACUUUAACACUGAUGAGGAGGAUAAUGACUUUGAGCAAAAUGCUUCCAAAUCCCUAAAAGGGUCAUCACCUUUUACCUGCUCACUUUGUAACCAAACAUUUUCUUGGAAGCAUCACUUAAAAAGACACAUGUAUACACACACAGAGCAGAAGCGUUUUGCCUGCUCACUUUGUGAUAAAAGAUAUUGUACCAAGUAUCAAUUGACAAGACACACACGCACACACACUGGGGAAAAGCCUUUUGUCUGCUCAACUUGUGGUAAAGGAUUCGCUGAGAAAGGAAGUUUAAGCAAACACACAAUGACACACACUGGAGAGAAGCCCUUUCCCUGCUUAUUUUGCCAUAAAAGAUUCUCUCGCAAAUCACAUCUAAACUGUCAUACCAAAUCACACACUGGAGAGAAGCAAUUCGCCUGCUCAGUUUGUCAUAUAAGAUUUCGUACGAAGCAUCAGUUGACAGGACACACACGUACACACACGGGAGAAAAGCCUUUUGUCUGCACAAUUUGUGGUAAGCGAUUCACUGUGAAGGGAAGUUUAAACCAACACACAAUAACACACACUGGAGAAAAGCCUUUUGUCUGCACAGCUUGUGGUAAACGAUUCAUUCAUAAGGGAAGCUUAAGCAGACACAUUAGAACACAUAUUGGAGAGGAGCCUUUCAAAUGAUCAUAGUAAUCAUAGAUUUUAUUUAUAGUGCGCUUUUACCAAUGCUAAAACACAGUUGAAACAAAGAAAAGGCUAACACCACGUUAGCUAGAGUUAGAGUAAAUCGAAAAUUUACAGUUUCCGAGAUUCUUCAUGAUGGGCGACGUAAUUCUGACCAUCUUGGUAAAUUCGGCAAUUGAAUAAAACAAGAAAAUAUAGUCUUUUCAUCCCGCAUUGACUCUGUGUUGUUGGGCUCUUUUCAUUCCCCUUUAAAGAGAUCCUCGAUCUUUAAGACAAUGAAUUCUUAAAAGAUAAAUGUUAGUAUGAGUUAUAACAAUUUGAUAUUAAAACCCCUCUUCAGGGGUCGCGUUAACCGGAUAUUUUCUGUCGUUGACCGGUUUUUUAAAACGGUGACGGAAAAAACGGAAGUCCGUCCGUCAUUUUGACAGGUUGCAAUUCACACCCCAGACCACAGGGUGACGAGUGAGCAUAUUAAUUAGCUAUUGUCUCUCUUAAUGCAUGACGCCGUUGGCUCUUCUGUCAGAAUAUUGUAGCGCACCGGGGUCUGGCGGCGGCACCGUGAUUGACACAUCAACGCGAGGUUCUUAUUGGUGCACCCGGUGUGCCAGCGCGCCAUCCAAUUGAUGGACAAGAUUGCCGCCUGUGUAUAGACCCCAAUCACAUGACGUCACAACUCCGCCCCCCUGACUGGAGCCGCCCAGCUCGUCAUGUUUACACAUUACCGCUACGUACAUGCCUCCUACUACGGCAUGUUUUUCUGCUCGUUAACAUUAAUAAUGAAAAUGGUGAAGGCGUGUGUGGUGGUUGGUUGCAGUAACAGAGAAGAUAGACGGAGAGACUUGAAGUUUUACCGUAUUCUGAGAGACCCGAAGAUGAGAGCGAGAUGGACUGCUGUAAUUCGACAAGAAAUCUGGGCACCAAACGAUCACCACAGACUAUGUAGUAGUCAUUUUAUAUCUGGUAAGAUGCAUUUAAUAUAUAUUUAGAAGAUUUUGGGCUGACAACCGCAAUUAAGAUCAUUGUGUGACGUUGGUGAUUGGGGUCUAUAUCGUUGCCUCUUUUUCUUUGGGGGCGGAGUUGUUGGCGGUAAGCAGAGUAAAAAGGGAGAAAAAUACCACGACUUCCGUGUCUAAUUUUUCGCCGCCAAGCAAGCGUUACAAUAUUAAUUAAAAAUGAAUGAAAACUAAAUACUAUUGAAUAUGUCAUCUUUAUCAUUUUAAAAAUUUAAGUGACGGCUAAAAAUAGAAUAUGACCGGAUUUUCAUGACCCUGUCAGUCAAAAUGACAGACGGCGAAAAUGUCUAGCGCAACCUCUACCCCUCUUAAUGUUUUUGUUUUAAUAAAAUUUGUUAAAUUUUAAGUGAUCAGUUGCCAUUCUUGUUACGUCGCAGUGCGUGACGUCACCGGGCUCGUUGCCGAAAUUCCAGCGUGUCACUCGUUAGCUUUCGCAACAUGUCAUCGGUUCUACCAUUCCUAUUUGAACCAGAUCUGUGAAGAGUGAAGAGCAGAACAGCACUGUCGGUCGUUCACAAGACGGGCAGCAGGGAAAAAUGCGUGCAGCAAAUACCUGAUAAGACAAAAGUUGGGCAAAACUGGUGAUGCACUCGCGGCAAGUGAGUCUCAAUGACAAUGGAGCGAGAGAGUGUAUGCUGUUGGGAACUCCGGUUUUAGUAGCAGAUAUUCAAGGUAAGCAGAUUGCGUUUUCAAACUUAUCCCAAUAUACUUAUGUAGAUUGUUAGCAUCCAAAGCUGUCGUGUGCUUUACAUACAGUACAGGCCAAAGAGCACACCUUGUGUAAUCCAUAUCUCGCACAUUAUAACGCGUGCUAGGUAGGAUACAUGUAUAGAAGUACCAAAAAGGGGAGAAGCUUCCACUUAUGCACAUUUAUUCAUAAAAAAUAGUAUUUCCAUCUUGACCACUCUUCACUCGGGAGCUUAGCAGUAUGCAAACACGCAUUCCCUGACGAACUCCAACAUUAUUGUAAGGUCCAUGUCAGAGUCACUGUCGUCACUGUAAUGUGCCAUAGUGCUUUAAUUAUUUGGCAUGAUUUGAGGAAAACUCCCACGAAGAAUAGUCAACAAAAAAGAUAGCAAUAAUAAUCCAAAUCCGCGUUUUUUACUCUCUCGAAGAUCCAGGAAUUAGACCGAUCCCAUGGCAACGUUGCAGCCGCGAUCAGGCCGUCGAUUCCACCAAAUAGACUGAUCGAAAAGCCGCUGUGGGACCGACGAAUAAAAAAAAUGGAUCCGAAACCAAUAUUGCAGACGCGGUGGGACCGUCGGGUCAAGAAAAUAGACAGAUCCCUUACUUGACUGAGGAUCCAGGAAAAAUGUUCGGGCGCCAGUGGUAACGCGUGGUGGGUAGGAUACGUGCAUACAGGGACCAAAAAGGGGGAGAAGCUUCCAUUUAUGCACAUUUAUUCACUAAAAAUAAUAAUUCCACCUUGACCACUCACGUCACUCCCCUUGUUUCCAUUUGACUGGAAAUUGCAUCCAAAAGUAGCACAUCGUGGCAUUUUACUUCGCGGGUUUAGCCAGCAAUAAGCAGUUGUUGUACACGCUACACAUUUGGAAAGAUCCCAUUUACGUCAUCAAUGCGAGCCCGCAAACCAUGGCGCCAACUAACGGUCAAAAUAUGUACUAAAUAUUAUAAAAUAUUGCCAUUGAUUUAACAUUUUAUGUGUUUCUAACAACAUAUUUUAGUACAAGAGAACAAUUGUGGUUUAUUAGAGCCUACAUGUAUUUAAGGUAGAGCAUUACUUUAAGAAAGCAGUCGGUGUGCUUACGUAUAAAGUCACGUGAUUAUCACUCUGGAAGUCAAACAAACAAGCCCGGUAGGCUAACACUAGCGGCUAACCCUACAAGGAAAGGUGAUGGAGUUUGGCUUAAAGGAGCUUCGCCAAACUUUCACCUGACAUUCAGUAGCCUCUUUGCGGCCCCCAGACGGGCUUUCACCUGCUUUCCUCCCUGGUUCUCACAAUUUCAGGAGCGUGCGUUUUCAGUGCUUUCUGCUGAUAGCCAGGCCACAGGGUAACGCUAGCGGCUAACAGCGGCUACAAAUGAACGUGAUGGAGUCGGAUAGCAGCUCUAACCUUGUCGAAACGGCUGAACUUAAUGAGUGGAUUGUGCACGGACUGCAGCUAGCAAUUAGUAUGUCGCGUUAUUUUGUAUCCUUUAUAAUGUUAUAGCAUUCUGCAAAAAAAAUUAUAAUCCAACAGUGACUGUUUAAGGGCCACAGCUAUUUUUUUGUAUGUGCUUGCUUAAUUGUUUGUCAUUACUGCCAUCAUAAAAUCUUACAUUUUCAUUGGCACAAGAGCAAUAAAGUUUUAAUGCGUGUGUGUGUUUCUGUGUGAGGGGUGCAUGGAUUAAAAAAAUGGUAAAAAAAACCCUGAAACCUUGAAGUAAACACUUGCGUUGAGUAAUUAUGUCACAGCAGCCAUUAACAAAAAGUUGUCUGUUUGAAGUUUACUGUUCAAGCUGUAAGGCAUUUGUGUUACAAUGACAUCUUUGCACAGUCGUCGUAUUGAUUUUUAUAAUGUCGUACAUUGUUCAAGUCAUACAAGCUGUUAUAAAUGUUCAUACGUCUUGUUUACAAGAAUUUUUAACAGUAUAUACUUAAUGUUUAGACUACAUGUACAUUUAUUAAAUAUUUUAAAUUGAAAGCUGGUAAAUAAAUCAACGAGAAACAGUUCAUUUGUAUUUCAUGCAUUGAUUCAGAUUUUCAAAUGAUAAAACAGUCCGCUUGGGUGAAUUUAUCGUUAUUGAGGUAAAUCUGCUCAAUUUUCCAUGAUACGUAUUUCAGGCCAUAUCGCCCAGCCCUAACGUGCGCAGUUCAAAACAAUAGAGAAAAGAAUUACAAAUUAAAAGCCAGUUUAAAAAGGUGAGUUUUAAUAAUUUUUUGAAGGUUGGAAGAUCAGAACAGGUGCGGAUGGGUUUUGGGAGUGAGUUCCAAUAAUUAUGGCUUACUGCUUUUCACAAUUUUAUUUUUGAUUGUUUACAAUACACUGAUGCUUUCCUGCCAACGAUCGUCCCUAUAUGUCGGUAUUACAUCAGUAAACAGCAUGCACUGUUAGCAUGCUCAGUGCAAAAUUACCCUCCAGCUGAUUGUGCCUGCAGCAAAAAUAAAAACUGUCCCUCUGUCCAAUGACAGUCGUUUUUCUAUUUUUGUUUUUUCGGUCAAAUUGUUUGGCAUAUUGUCUUUGUUAAUGUUGCUAAUCAGUUUGAAUUAUUAUUGAUUUGAUUUUAUCACAUAUUAAUUUUCUGUAUCAAAUGGUCAAAAAAUGUACCUUCUGUGAAUUGUUACAGUUUAGAGGUGACUUUUUUUUAUUUUGAAUUUAGGCAA